CGGAUGACGGUCCCCAUGCGGUGGUGGCUUCACCUCCUGCCGAUGCCGCCCGCCAGCAGAGCCGCUGGAUGAGGCUGCGUGUCACGCAGAGAACAGAUUGCCGCAGGCCGUGCGGAGUUUGGGCCAGAGUUCUCGGGAUCGGUCGCUGAUCAGUUGGGUCGGGGAGGAGGGAGACGCAGGCGGCGUCACCCCGACUGUCUCCCCUUCGAAGGUGGACAGGGACGGCCACAGCAGCAGGCGAUGAUGCUGGUGUGGUCCGAGAACCGCUGAGCUUUCCUCCUCUGCCUCUCCCCUCCAUCCCGUACUGAUCCCCCUCCUCCUCCUCCCUUUCAUCCUUCUACCCCUCCUUCAGCCUCCCUCCCUCCAAUCCUCCCCCCUUUCCUCCCUUCACCCUCCCUCUCUCCCCCUCACAUCCUCCCUCCCCCUCCGAUCUCCUCACCCUUCCUCCCCUUCUUCUUCCCUCUCCUUCUCCAUCUCCCACUCUUUCUUCCCUUCCCUCCCUCCCUCCCUACUUCUUUCCACCUCCCUCCCCCUUCCCUUUCUCCUCCCUCUCCUCCUCGCUCCCUCUCUAGACACCUCAUCCCUCUCUCUCCUCCUCCCUCUCUCUCCCCUCCCUCCCCGUCUCUCCCUCCUCUCUCCCUCCCCUCUCUUCCCUCUCUCGCCCCCUCUCCAUCCUCUCUCCCCUCCCCCUCGCCCCCUCUCUCCUCCUCCCUCUCUCUCUCUCCCAUCCUCCCCCUCUCCCCCUCUCUUCCCCCUCCUCCCCUCUCUCUCCCCACUCUCUGCCUCCCGCCCCCGCCGCAUUCUGUGCACCGGCGACGGAAGAAUGGAUCUGAACCCGGAGAAUAUGUUCACUCAGAUGGGAGAUUUACAAGAACUUAGUUUCAUUGAAAGACCCGUGCGAAGAUACCUGAAGACUCCAGAGGAGAUAGAAAGAUUGACAGUUGAUGAAAAGCUCAAUGAUAUUGAAAGGGCUGUCUAUCUUCUGAGUUCCGGUCAAGACGUUCAGCGAACCAGUGUGGUUGUUAAUCUACCAAAGCUGAUGCGACAGAAUACUUCUGAGACUAUUCGAAGAGUGGUGCCAAAAAUUAGAGAGGUACUCCAUGUUGCAGGGGUGGAGAUGCAGUUAGUUGCUGCAGUUUCAUUUCUUACCAUCCUACAAGAAGAGUUGGUUUCCACGGCAGCUUAUAUCCACUCUUUUCUCCCGAUUAUAUUGGUAAACCUAGAUCACAAAGAUACAGUGGUCAGCAAUGCAUGGUUGGAGACUCUCCUGGCUGUAAUCAAUGCUUUACCAAAGGAAACCAUCAGGCAAGAGAUUUUGUCUCCACUGGUUUCAAAGGCUCAAUUAUCACAGACAAUCCAGUCACGUUUAGCCAGUUGCAAAAUUCUGGGCCGAAUUGCCAGGAAGUUUGAAUCUCAUAUAAUUAAACGGGAUAUUUUGCCUCUAGUGAGAUCACUUUGCCAGGAUGUUGAAUAUGAAGUUCGCUCCUGUAUGUGCCGACAGCUGGAAUACAUAGCACAGGGAAUUGGUGUUGAACAGACAAAAACUGCAAUACUUCCAGAGUUAGUGGAGUUGGCUAGAGAUGAAGGGAGUACUGUACGUGUUGCUGCAUUUGACACCAUUGUUAACCUGCUCGUGAUGUUUGACAGUGAUGACCGGACUCAAAUUAUAUUCCCCUUGGUGAUGAUGUUUUGUGAGAAAUCAUUCAAAACAGAUGAGACCAUUCUUGCACCUUUGUCACAUCAGCUGGGGAAGCUCUGUCAUGGUCUCUCAGGGAAUUUAACUGAUGAACAGCAUCUUUGGUUUUUGGAUUUCUACAAGAAAUUCAGUUCAUUAGGCCUACAACAUGAAAAUGGCCAAAGUGAACACUUGACUCAGUUCUAUGCAGCAGAAAUGGAUGCCAAAUAUGCGUCUGUGAGACAGAAUUGUGCCUACAAUUUGCCAGCUAUGAUACUUUUUGUAGAUCCUAAAUGUUUCUACACUGAACUUUAUCCCACCUUUUCAACCCUUUGUCAUGAUCCUGAAACUCUCGUCCGACGAACGGUUGCCACUGGCUUCCAUGAAGUCAUUAAGCUGCUAGGCUCCGGUGUUCAUGUAGUUCACAAAGAACUAAUUGCACUCUUGCAAGAUGAAUCAUUAGAGGUUUUGGAUGCCCUGCUAGAUCACCUUCCUGAAAUUCUAAGAUUUAUUGUUACAGGAGGAGACCAUGUCGGAACAGAGAAUAAGGUGCAUAUUCCUGAUCUGAUUCCAGCUCUCUCAAUGGCUGAACAAAGAGCCGCCACCUCUUUACAAUGGAGAAUACAUGAAAAGCUGUUGUUGGCGUUUUCCUGUCUGCCACACGUCAUUUCCAGUGAUCAGAUAUACUACACGUUUUUGCCCAUAAUGUUUAGAAUAAUGAUGACAAACAAUGUCCUCCCAGUCCAAAGAGCCUCAGCCAGAACCCUCUGUGUAUUUGUUCGGUACAACCGUAAACAGGAGCAAAGACAGGAAAUAUGCAGUAAAAUCAUUGAGCAGCUUGGUCAAGGAAAAAGUUGCUGGAACAGGCUAAGAUUUCUUGACACCUGUGAAUGUAUCAUGGAAUUAUUUUCAAAAGCCUUCUUCUGCAAAUAUUUUUUCCUGCCUGUACUUGAACUUUCAAAUGAUCCUGUCCCUAAUGUAAGGAUUAAGUUCUGUUACAUGCUGCCAAAAUUGAAGUCUGUGUUGAAACUGCCAGCUGACAAACACCUUCUUCAACAACUUGACCUUUGUGUUAGAAAAUUACUGUGUCAAGAAAAGGACAAAGACGUCACUGCUGUAGUGAGGGUUAUCACAUUGGAAUUAGAUCGAAUAGAAACAAACAUUGAAUGUUUUCCAAAAAGGUUACAAGAGGAAGACUUACUUGAUCACAAAAAGGAGAAGGAAGAACAUUUACUGUUGGAAAUGGAAGACAUGGAAAAGCGAAUAGAAAACAAGGCAGUGAAUGAAAAGAAAUUAGUUUCAUCUCUUAGCAAGGAUGGGAAGAAGAAGAAUAAGUUAGCCCGUAGUCGUUCGCUUGGUGCUCGAGUGGCACCUCCGAAGCUAAUCUCUGAUAAGGCCACAAUGAAGUUCACUGCAAUAUCUAACUCUCAAAUUGCUCCAACUGCAAAAAAUGCCCUGCUGUCAUUUGAUUCAACAUCUCAGAGUCAUUCAACUUCCGCUGGGCUUUCCCAUCUGCCAUCUUGUUCGCGUUUUUAUUCACCUAAUUCCAAUGAGCAAAAACCAAAUGGAAGCAAAGAUACCCUUCCAAAAAAGUUUAACUUGAAAAGCAGAAAAUCAAACCCUUAAUGGAAGAAAUGUUACAUUCCAUGAUCAAACAUUUAAUGACGUGCAUCAGUGACUUCCUUAAAGGCAAGUUUCAGUGACUGUUUGCUGAUUUUGCAAGCUGUGAGGAAAUACUGUAGUUUUCUGACUGAUUUUGAAGAAGAUUCAUUCCAAAUUGAAGGCUGUAUUUGCGUCUCUACAGAAGUAACUUAUUCUUACUUUAUUGUCCAUGACUUGCUCUUUGAAUAUUUUUGUUUAUCCUUGUUUACUACACAGUGUUGAAAAUUCAUUAAAAAGUAUUACCUAACUUUCACAACCACCAUUAUAGAUAGGAAUAAAGAAAUAAAAACAAUAUAUGAUUUAUGUCUCAAUGCUUUGUUUUCAAUUUUUCUGUUUGCAAGGCAUGUAAAGGGUAAGUGAACAUGAUGUAUCCUCGGGUACUCCCAAACCUGUUAGAAAUGUGCAUCACAACCAGCCAUGGUAAUUUCAAAUACCAGAAAACAUUUACUUUUGAAUGAUAAGUGGAAAUUUCAACUUCUCCCUUUGAAAAAAUUAAAAGGAACCUAUAUGCAAGUUGAAUGAUUUCAAAUGUGAUCCCAAACUAGCUAAUUAGUUCAACUAAUAGAGUUGUAAUAAACAGAUGAGCUAUGUAGUAAACUUUCAAGAGCUUAAAUUCUCGGCAAAUCUUAGUUCACUGUGGAAGUUGCUCCACACAGCUUAAUCUGCCUCACCUUCAGUGAUGAAUUUGCUAAACUGAGCUUCGCUUCAGGUGAGUAAAUUGUGAGUUCAGAGCCUUUUCCAAAGAGGCAUGUCUGCCUAAUGUAUUGAUUUUACUUGCUUCUUAAAUAGAAUGUAGUUAGUCUUGGGGCAAAUGAAGAGAUUUUUGGAGCAGUCUUUUGGACUCCUGACUAAAUAAACCCAGUUUACACACAAAGGAAGUAAUGAAAAUCUGCUGUGUAUAGUAUAGGGAAAUCACCUUUCAAAUAAAUAGGUAUCAAAAAUUGAAAGAGUAUUCCUGAAAAUAUGGAAGGUAGUUUGCUUAAGUUAGUAAUGAGAUAAUUCUGGCACACAAUUUAUGUGCCCCAUUGACUUGUGACUUGUACAUUUCGGAUCAGAAUCUCUGGAGUGGAGGUUAUUAUUCUGUCUCAGAAGGGUAUGCUAUUUUUAGCAUAUCUUGGCAAAGUCUAAUGUAAUGAAUUCACCACACUGGUAUUACUGACUCAGUUCAGAAAAAUCUGGAUUGUAUUUCAGCCGACGUACCAUUAUGGAUGCCAACUGAAGAUGAGGUAGACCUUUCCCCAUGGAGCUGAAUUUACUUUUGCUAGCACUGGCUGGCAAUUGUUGCAGCAUUUUGCUCUGUUCCUGUUAGUGUGAUGAAAAUAUUAGCGUGUUGCCCUUACUGACAGUGGUUUAUCAUGCCAGCAUUAAGUGACUUAUGACUUUUCAGGUAAUUCAAGAAACCUGUAAAAGUCAUUUUGUGUUGAUUUUACAAUAGUGCAAUUAGUGCUAGCUGUUAAAAACUGAAUGUAACAACUUACCUGUAAAUGUUAAGUGUUUUUCUUUGUGUUAUUCUGAAGGGUAAAAGAUGUUUUAAUGAAGCUUAGCACACAGUGCAAAAGUUGUCUACACCACAUGACUACGCAAAAUAUCAGUAUUAGCAGUUGUUGGCCUGCGUUACUAAUAUAGUUUGAGGCACUGUAUGUGCAUUUCAUAAGGUCUGUCUUUUCAUGUUGCAACCUGAUGACAGUUUGAAAUAAUAUUUGGUAACCAGAGAUUUGUAAUAAAUUUUUAGUAUUGAAUUUAAUUUCUCAUUGUAAAAUGUAUAGGAUACAGUAUAUUUUAUUUUUCCCACUAAUUUUGAGAUCCCAAUUUUAUUCUGAUCUAAUAUUUGAUUCAAAACCCUAUUGUACCUUUUUCCAUUCUUAAGACUAAGUCAGACUUCUGCAAGGUUAUCCUAUCAUUUUGCCAUAUAUUGUAAAUAACAGUGUAUAAUCACAAGAGUUACAUUGUAAGCAUGUAAAAGAAAUGCAGAUAGCUUUUCAUAAAAGUGAAAACUAUUUAAAUUUUUAUUUUCUUUUGCAUGUCAUGAUAUUUAAAGCAUAUUUUGCAUAUAUUUCUUUCACAUGCCUACUGCUGCAGGAAUAUAUAUAAACAGUGUUAUGAAGUCCAUGUGCAAACUGGUGUAAAUAUGGCCUUAAUCAGAUUGAGCUAUGCAGUCCAAAAAAUCUGGCUUUAUGAAAAUCUUUAAAUAGGUGUUGUCACCUUCAAUUCUGUUACAAUUGUAUGUUACAUAUUUUAAAAUAAAUUCUGAACUCCAAAUAGAAACUCAACAUGCUCUUGUUGUUCAUUAUUUAUGAAACCUGCAAGUAAUCACUGCACUUUAAUGCAUUUUUUUUGUUUCCUCGUGUAACGAUAAAGAAAUUCUCCACUGUGGUUGACUGUUGAAUGAUAGCUUCUGAUGCUAAUUAACGGAAGGAGGGCUGACUAGAAUGAAGAGAUUGUCAGAAUGAGAUCUAGAGUUGUCUGACAACUUAAAUUAAGCAAAUUCGAAUAAUACGCUAUAUGGCUAUUUGAAACCCCAGUGGUUUUGUAUCUGAUCCUCAUGAUCCCUGAAUGUGCUGGGGCCCUGUUUCCAUGUUUCCUUGAGAUUUACUGAGCUUACUGAAAUGUACUAUCCUACUAUAUGACAUUAAAAAUUGAAUCAGAAUUGUGAUGGAGUCAAGGCCCCUCUGUUGGUUGGAGUUGACCAUGGAUGUUGUGUCUCAGCUAUUUACAUGAUAUGCAAGCCAGGGCAGUACAAUAUGGAGAGCAAGUUGUUGCCCAUGCAGCAAGCUCUCCCUCUCCACACAGCUGAUGAACCCAAAGGAAUGACAGAGAUUGAUGCAUUUAGAUACCAGCAACAUCACAGGAGUUGCCAGUCAGCAUUGAACUAAUGCCUUAGGGACUCCAGUGCUGGAUUUCCCCUCGUGGUUUACUCCCAAAGCCUUCCCCAUGAGUGGUUAUAGCUGCAAGGCAGCAGAGGUUUGGGAUCAGGAGCUGCCAAACGUGAUUGAUAAACCCCAUCUGCUCAAAGCGACUGAUUUUAAGGCACCGGUAACCUGUCUUUGCCCCUUCUCCUGUCAGUAGAAACAGUUCUGCUGGGCUGAAUAGGUAAGCCUCAUGUGAAGGCCAGGAACUGGACUUAGUUGUCAGAGGCUAUUUGAGAUGCACGCAAUUGGGAGCAAGUGGGAGCUUGACCCCACUAACCCUGCCCCCCUCUUCCCGUGGCUAUGGAACCUUAAGGAAACCAUGUUGGAGUAUGAAUAGAAAAUCAACCAAUAAUCCCUAAAAUUUGAUAGCCCAACACCACCGAAGUCCCGAUUAAUUGAUUUUUACUGUUAUUGGUUCUCAGUUCUCAGCUGAAUACUAGAUAGAACAAUGUGAAACUCUGAUGAACAAUUUCACGUCGAGAUGGAGGACAGGGAUCUCAUUAUCUGAAUUGUGAUGCAACUGCACAUCUAUGCAAGAGUGGCUACUUAUCAGAAUCAGAAUCAGGUUUAAUGUUACUGGCAUAUAUUGUGAAAUUUGUUGUUUUGUGCAGCAGUACAGUGCAAUACAUAAUGAAUAAAACAUGAAUUACAGUAGGUAUAUAUAAAAUAGUUAAAAUUAAAUAAGAAGUGCAAAAUAGAAAUAAAGAAAAUAGUGAGGUAGUCUUCAUGGGUUCAAUGCCCAUCCUGAAAUUGUCUGGCAGAGGGGAAGAAGCUGUUCCUGAAUCAUUCAGUGUGUAUCUUCAGGCUCCUGUAGCACCUUCCUGAUGGUAGCAAUGAGAACAUUGAGAUUCUCCCUUUGUUUUUGUUGUAGACAUGCUUCUUCUUUAACUGAGAAGCCACAAUUAUUUCUCUCCAGCUGAAGGUAGGGCAGGGAUGUUGUCUACCUGGGCUUUAGCAAGGACUUGUACAAGGCCCUGCGUGGCAAGCUGGUCUGAAAGGUCGGUCUCAUGAGAGAGCAAGUUAGGUGGCUUCAAAAUCGGAUCCGAGGUAGGAAGCAGAGGGUGGUGUCUGAAGGUUCUUCUCUGAAUGGAGGCCAGUGACUGGUGGUGUGCCACUGGGGUCAGUGUUGGGACCCUUGUUAGUUAUAUAAAUUAUUUAGAUGCAAAUACACAGGUUUGAUUGGUAGGUGUAUGGUUGAUACAAAAGUAGGUGUUGUCGACAGUGAAGAAGGUUAUCAUAGAUUAAAGGAGGAUCUUUAUCAGUUAGGGAACCAGACUGAGGAGUAGCAACCAUAAGACUUAUAUGGGGCAAUAUGGUAGCAUCGUGGUUAGCACAACACUUUCCUGUACCAGCGAGCGUGGUUCAAUUCCUGCCGCUCUCUGUAAGGGGUUUGUAUAUUCUGCCUGUGAUUAGAUGGGUGUCCUCCAGGUGCUCUGGUUUCCUCCCACAGACCAAGGAAGUACCGGCUAGUAGGUUAAUUGGUGAUUGUUCAUCGUCCCAUGAUUAGGCCACCAUUAAAUUGGGGGUUGCUGAGCAGUGCAGCUUGAAGGGCCAGAAGAGCCUGUCUCACGCUGUAUCUUAAUAAAUAAAUAAAUGAAUAAAACAAUAAAUGGUAGGGCACUAGUACAGAGAGACGUUAAAGUUCAUUGAAAGAGACAUUACAGGUAGACAGCAUGAUGACAAAGGUAUUUAGGAACAAUGGUCUUCAUCAGAUCGGGCAUUGAGUAUCGGAGUAGGGACAUCGUAUUGCUAUUGUAUCAGUCAUUAGUGAGGCCACAUGUAUAAUUUUGGUCAUCCUAUUGUAGGAAAGACAGUUUUAAACUGCAAAAGUUCUACGAGUCUGUGGUGGCCAGUGCUAUCAUGUUUGCUGUUGUGUGUUGGGGCAGCAGGCUGAGGGUAACAGACCCCAACAGAAUCAACAAACUCAUUCGUAAGGCCAGUGAUGUUGUGGGGAUGGAACUGGACUCUCUCACGGUGGUGUCUGAAAAGAGGAUGCUGUCCAAGUUGCAUGCCAUCUUGGACAAUGUCUCCCAUCCACUACAUAAUGUACUGGGUGGGCACAGGAGUACGUUCAGCCAGAGACUCAUUCCACCGAGAUGUAGCACAGAGCGUCAUAGGAAGUCAUUCCUGCCUGUGGCCAUCAAACUUUACAACUCCUCCCUUGGAGGGUCAGACACCCUGAGCCAAUAGGCUGGUCCUGGACUUAUUUCAUAAUUUACUGGCAUAAUUUAGAUACUACUAUUUAACUAUUUUAUGGUUUUAUUACUAUUUAUUAUUUAUGGUGCAACUGUAACAAAAACCAAUUUCCCCUGGGAUCAAUAAAGUAUGACUAUGACUAUGACAAAUAGUGCAGAAAUGAUCCACAGGGACGUUCUCUGGACUUGAAGACCUGAGUUACUGUAGAAGGAGAGGUUGGCCAGGCUAGGUGUUUAUUCCUUGGAAUGUAAGCGAAUCAGCAGUGACCUUAUUCUUCUUCUUAAGCCAAUCACCCCCACUUGGGGAAUUGUGAGCAGCUUUGGGCCCUUAUCUAAGAAAGGAUGUACUGGCAUUGGAGAGGGUCCAGAGGAGGUUUGUGAGAAUGAUCCCAGGAAUGACAGAGUUAAUGUUUGAGAAGCACUUGAUGGCUCUGGACCUAAACUCACUGGAGUUUAGAAGAAUGAGGCCUAAAUGAAAUUCAUCAGAUAUUUGAAUGUCUAGAUUGACUGGAUGUGGAGAUGAUGUUUCCUAUAAUGGGGAGACUAGGACUAGAGAUAACAGCUUCAAAAUAGGAGAAUUUCCCUUUGGAUCAGAGAUGAAGAAGAAUUUCUUUCACCAGAAGAUGAGGAAUUGGUGGAAUUCAUUGCCACAGACUGCUGUGGAGGCCAAAUCAUUAGGUAUAUUUAAAGCGGAGAUUGAUAGGUUCUUGAUUAGUAAGGGUAUCAAGAUUAUGGGGAGAAGGCAGGAGAAUGAGGUUGAGGGGGAUGAUAAAUCUGCCAUGGAAUCAUGGAGUGGACUCGAUGGGCUGAAUGGCCUAAUUUUGCUUCUAGGUCUUAUGGUUAAUUAGUCAGAAACUGACAUUUGAGCUUACUGCCACAGUGCCUACACUAGAAAUAUUACAAGUCUCCAAUCUCUGGAUGAAGAAUAGAUUGUAAUUGCAAAUGAAAAUCAAUAACAAAUAACAUACAUCAAAGUUGCUGGUGAACGCAGCAGGCCAGGCAGCAUCUAUAGGAAGAGGCGCAGUCGACGUUUCAGGCCGAGACCCUUCGUCAGGACUAACUGAAGGAAGAGUGAGUAAGGGAUUUGAAAGCUGGAGGUGAUCUGUUUGAUGCCAAUAGUAACUUUAUUAGUUGUCCAAUCACAAACAAGAGAAAAUUUGCAGAUGCUGGAAAUCUGAGCAACACACACAAAAUGCUGGAGGAACUCAGCAGCCCAGGCAGCAUCUAGGAAAAGAGUAUAGUUGACAUUUUGGGCCAAAACCUCAACUGUACCCUUUUCCUAGAUGCUGCCUGGCCUGCUGAGUUCCUCCAGCAAUUUGUGUGUGCUGCGCUUCAGUUGUUGUGUUUACAGUCUUACUCCAACACUAAAAUCAAAUACCUUGGAAUAAAUUUAUACCUUACAUAAGGAAAUUUUCUUCAAAAUUAUUUAUUGAUUCUCAUUCUUUAGACAAAUCUACCAUAUCUUGUAGAGCAACUUGAUACAGACAGUAGCUAUAUAUUGAUCCAUAAGCACUUUAAUAGUGAAGAAAUUCUUGCCUAUCUGUACAACUUGCAGAGGGUAAGCAUUCCAGGCAGUCAUUUGGAAGUGUAUAACCUCCUACCACUAGGUGAAUUGUUGUACUGGCCAGAAAAACAGGAGCGGCAGGAAUCCAAUUAGCUCCUCAAGCAGCCUGCUCCACAGAAUCGAUAAGAUCCUGGCUGAUCCAAAUUUAACCUCAGCUUCCCUUAUCUCUAAAAAAUCUUCAAGCUGAUCCAAACGUAGACUCAGCUUCCUGUAUCUCUAAAAUCAUAGAUGAUCCAGACGUAACCUCAACAUUCCUUACCUCUAAAAUCAUAGCCAAACAUAGCCUUUGCUUCCUUUAUCUUUCUUUAUCCUGAGUCCCACACCCAUAAUAUGUAAACUUUUCAGCUUUAGGGAAAUGGGUCGUAACUAAAAAAACAGCCAGCAUCAAUGUGAUGAAUUCAACUUCAGAGUAUAAAAAUGACAUUUGAGAAAAGAUGAUUUUAUUUCAAGUAUUAAAAAAAUUGUACAACUGUUUUUGAUCUUGUAAAAAUGUUUGAGACUUUAUGUUAAUUGGGCUCGAAUAAACCAAUCCCAUUACAACCUAAACUGAAGCCGUUCCUAUUCAGAACCAUUGUAUAUAAUUCUGAUUGGCAACUAUUCGUUUAUAUUCGUGAACUCUUUACUAGAAUUUCAUAGAAGUUAGAACACAGAAACAAGCUAUUUCAGUUCAAUCUAAGAAUCCAUGCUUUUUUCUCACUAAUACCAUCAUGAAGGAGGUACAAGAGCCUCAGGACUCACCAGGCUCAGAAACAGUUAUCACCCCUUAUCCAUCAGGCUCUUGAACCAGAGAAGAUAACUUCACUGAACUUCACUUGCCCCAUCAUUUAACUUUUCUACCACAAACUGAACCCACCAGAAACUAUGGAGUCACUUUUAAAGACUCUUCAUUUCAUGUUCUCAAUAUUUAUUGCUUUCUUAUUAUUUGUUUUAAAUAUAUUUUUUCAGCUCAAGCUGGUAAAACCUGAGGUAUGGGUAUAGGCAAGUACACUCAUUUCUCAAUUGCUAGGAACUUCCAGACUAUUCUAGUGGCUUUUUGAAGAUUAGCAUAAAUAUUGCUGUGUAGCCCUAAUUGUUUAUUGCUAUUGAGAAGUGCCUUUGGGAUGAUAUCACUUGUGGAAAUUACUAUUGAGACAAUGUAUACCCUGUUCAUGUUCCAUAGUCCUUCAAUUUCCUCAUUUAAUUCAGCAUAUUUCUAGUGUUUUCACUUACUGAUUUCUAUAUGUUAUGUAUGUUUGGAAUAGCUAUAUCUACUCAAUAAGUUCUUUUUGCUUAUUUAUCUUGUAUUAUUAUAUAUCCAGAUGGGUAUUAUGGAUUGUCCUAUCUGUAAUUAUUAUAAUAUUGUUAUUAUUAUUAUUUUCUUCUGUUCUUGCAAAUUUAUUGUCUUUUGCAUAUUGGUUGUUUGUCCUGUUGGGCAUUGUUUUUCACUGAUUUUAUUGUGUUUCUUGUAUUUACUGUGAAUCUCCACAAGAAAAUGAAUCUCAGGGUUGUUCUGUAUAUGGUGACAUAUAUGUACUUUGAUAAUAAAUUUACUUGGAACCUUGAAUCUAGGCUCUCUUCUCUAUAGUAAUCCUUUCACAUUCUCCAAUAUAAACUUAAUAAAACUGAAUCUGUACUUAAAAGGUAGAUAAAGUUAGUAGUAAGUAUUAAAGAGAUUGCUAAAUCUGGAUUAUUUGGCAUUGGAUGUUCCAUAUAACAUGCUGUUUGCACAAUAAAUUUCUGUACUUUUAUUAGAAUGAAAAGGAGACAAACUUCCUUCAUGCUUCUGGAAAUGUAUAUCAAUAACUUAGAAAAUCAUGGUGAUGUUGUGAGGCAGGAUUAAUCUGCCAUUUUGACAAGGAAAGUUGUAAAAACAAUUAGCUUGUCAAUGGCAGGGUAUCUGAUCAUGUACUCAUGAUACACAAACAGAGGAACUCAAUGAGUCAGUCUGCAUCUGUGGACGCAAUAGGAUAGGCAUAGAAUAUAGAACAGUAGAGCACAAGAACAAGGCCUUCGGUCCACAAUGUUGUGCUGAACCAGAUAAAUUAGUAAUCAAAUGGCCAAUUGAACCAAUCCUCUCUGCCUACACAAUGUCCAUAUCCUUCCAUUUUCUUCACAUACAUGUGUCUAUCUAAAUGUCUCUUAAAAGUCCCUACUGUGUCUGCCUCUACCACCACUCCAGGCAGCACAUUCUAGACACCUACACUCUCUGUGUAAAGAAAACUUGCCUGUCACAUCUCCUUUGAAAUGACCCCCUCUCACCUUAAAGGCAUGCCCUCUGGUAUUAGACAUUUGGACUCCGGGAAAAAAAAAGAUGCUGUCUGUCUACUCUGUCUGUGCCUCUCGCAGUCUUAUUAACCACUAUCAGUUCUCCCCUCAGCCUGUGCUGCUCCAGAGAAAACAUCCCAAGCUUGUCCAAUAUGGGCAUGCCCUCUAAUCCAGGCAACAUCCUGGUAGAUGAGUUAGUUAACAUUUUGCACAGAAAUCUUACAUCUUGCUCUAAAGCAGAGUCUUGGCUCAAUGUGUUCACUAUCACUUUGCUUUACAGAUGCUGCUUGAUCUUCUGUGUUCCUCCAGCAGAUUGGUUUUGCCCCAUAUUAUAAUAUCUGCAAUCUCUUGUGUAUGUGUUCAUGGUAGUUGAGUAAAACUCUGAUUUCACACACUUUACAAUGAUGCCCAGUGCUAAGUACGGACAUAGCUAUCAGUGACAUCAUGGCAAAGGUACGGUACCUCCCAUGAACCCAUACACAAUGAACGUGAAAGAUGUGAUAGUAUUAGAGUCAUAGAAAAGUACAGCACAGAAACUGGCCCUUUGGUCCAUCUAGUCCAUGCCAAACCAUUUAAGCUGCCUACACCCAUCGACCUGCACCCGGGCCAUAGCCAUCCGUAGCUCCACCAUCCAUGUAUGUGUCCAAACUUCUACGUUUUCCAAAUGUUCAAAGAAGGGGUGUCCUAAAUAUCAUUUGUGCAGCAAACUUUCUGCAGCGGAGUUGUGGAUCUGGAGAAGAGUAAGUAGGAAGAUAAUAGAUUUGGAUGUUUCCCUGGAUCACAAUUAGUCACAAUUUGAGAAGGAAGCAGAAAUCGCAGAACUGGGAGUGUUAUCAAUACUGCUGGAUUAGUGUGAACCAUAAAGUUCAUGGGAACAGGAAAGUAGCAAAUGAUUUUGCAUUGAAACCAGCCAUGCCAAAGAUCAGCUUGUAGAUGCGUGUGUGUGUGUGUGUGUGUGUGUGUGUGUGUGUGUGUGUGUGUGUGAGAGAGAGAGAGAGAGAGAGGGAGUUUUGCUUCCUUCAUUUUUAACAACUGAUCUGACAUUUUGUUUGUUAAAUUUGUGCCAGGAAUAGAUGCAGUGCAAACUCACCUCACUUGUUUUCCUAUUUACUUGUCCAUUGAAAUCCUUGGGAAUUCUUCAUGGUGUGUAUCCCAUACAACUGAUGCCUUUUGGAGGCCUUUGCAACCUCACAGACUUUCUUUGCAAUCUUCAGGUCUUUGUAUAUUGAUCCACCAACCAAUGAAACUGUUUGCAAAAAUGUGACUUUAUAUUACAUAGAAGAAAUACAGUAUAUAGACUUGUACAGCAUUGUAGAUGGAUAUUUUAAUAAUGCUUUUCAACCUGAUUUGCAAUGAUAGUUUAUUUUAUUUAUUUAGAGAUACAGUAUGGACCAGGCCCUUCUGGCCCAACAAGCUGCAUCACCCAGGAACUCUUGAU